CAAUGAACGCACAGCAGCAUCAUUUCCCUCCAACGAAAACAGAAAGUGAAAUGUGCCUCCAGAAUUUUUUCUAAUUUCUCAAAAUUUAAUUGAUCCUGGACACUGAAAUGUCAUCGCCAGCAGCGGCGAAGGGAAAGAGAAGCGCUGACGAGGCGCUGCUCGCAGACGAAGUGUCCUGUCCGAUCUGCUGCAGGGUUUUUACCGUGUCCGAAAUCGAGGAACACGCCGACAGGUGUGCCUUUCUCAAUUCACCGUCGCCUUCCAGCAGCUUUUCCCAGCCCCAGCAGCGGAUCAACAAAAGACCAAGUCCUGCUGCAGCGCAAGCAAAGGGUAGAACUUCUGCAGACUCGCAGGGGCCGAAGAAACAGAAGCUGUCAGGUGACCAGUUAUUUGAAAAUCCAGAUCAUGUGGAGCCGCAGAAUGGCACAGCUGAAAAACAACUACUGCAGACCACCACUUCUAAAAUGGACCGUUCAUUCUCAAAAGAAGCAGAGCCUGAAGUUAGUUUGAAUAAAUCAGCACCACUAGCAGAACAAGUUCGGCCGAAAGAACUGAGCACCUUUGUUGGACAGGAAAAGGUCAUGGGACAGCACAGCAUGUUGCGGUCACUUCUUCGAGAGGGUGAAAUCACUAGCAUGAUCUUAUGGGGUCCUCCUGGUUGCGGAAAAACAACCCUGGCGAAUAUUGUCUGCCAGUACUGCAAGCAGGGUCGGAUCUCUGCUCGGUUUGUGAAAAUGUCUGCUGUUGCUUCUGGGGUGAACGAUGUGAAAGAUGUGGUGAAGGCAGCCAAAAGUGAGAUGAACAUUUGCAGAAAGCGAACUGUCCUGUUCAUGGAUGAAAUCCAUCGCUUUAACAAGAUGCAGCAGGAUGUUUUUUUGCCACACGUCGAGUCUGGGUUGAUCAUCCUGAUUGGGGCGACUACGGAAAAUCCUUCUUUCAGUCUCAACAAUGCCCUACUCAGUAGAUGCCGCGUCAUCGUGCUUGAAAAGCUGUCCUCUGAAAAUGUGAGCACCAUCCUUAAAAAAGCCCUAAACUCUCUUGGUGCAAGCGUCAUUCCUGAAAACCAAAAUUUUAAGGAAAUUCAGAGGGCAAAACUGUCUAUCGAAGAAGAGGCUCUGAAGUUUCUGGCCGAGAUCUGUGAUGGAGAUGCAAGAAUCGCCCUCAAUUCACUUCAACUAGCCUUCCAGUCAAAAACUCAUGCAGAUGUCGAAGAAAACAUUCUCGUCACACUUACGGACAUUGAAGAAGGCAUUAAGAGGUCUCACAUGUUAUACGACAGAGGCGGAGAGGAGCACUACAACAUCAUCUCUGCAGUUCACAAGUCAAUUCGAGCCUCCGACCAAAAUGCAGCCGUGUACUGGACAACGAGGCUCAUCGUAAGUGAUGAAGACCCACGAUACUUGGCCAGGAGACUCGUCCGAGCCGCUGCUGAGGACAUUGGCAUGGCCGAUCCUGCGGCCCUACCACUAGCAGUUGCUGCAAUGCAAGGCUGUCAGCUGCUGGGAAUGCCAGAGGCAGACAUCCUCCUCACAGAGUGUGCAGUUUACUUGGCUAGGGCACCCAAAUCUCGUGAAAUGCAGAACUGCCUUGACAAAGCAAAGGAGUGCAUUGCCAAUCACAAGGGGCCCCAGCCUUCCGUUCCACUCCAUCUCAGAAAUGCACCUACGCGGCUAAUGAAGGAUUUGGGGUACGGCAAAGGGUACAGCAUGAUUCCUAGUGAAGUUCCAGAUUUAAAAUAUAUGCCCGAGGGGCUGGAGAAUGUUAAUUUUUUUUAGUCGCAAAGAUAAAAAAUUAUAUUAAAAGACAAAAGUGCCAUGUUUAAAAUAAGUCUAAUAAUUGUUUUGUUUAAAAGUUCUUAAAUUUCAAAAUAUUACAAGUGAUUUGAUCCAAUAAAAAUUUAUGUUACCUAUUAUGAUUUUUUUUU